UGGUAACCGCGUCCAUGGCCGGGAAGACUGGCCGCAAAGCCCCGGCUACCCAGCUGGUGGUGGAGGUCGCGCAAACCCCGGAGGGGGACGCUGCGGUAUCCGGUGGGACCAUCGCGGAGGCGGUGUCUCCUCCGUCUACCUUGUCUACGAUCUCUCCACUGUCUCCGUCGUCUUCGGUAGCGGGGCCGUCGGCCGCCGCCGCGGGCACAGGUGCUAGUGAGACGCCCGCAGCCUCUAAGACUGCACCGGAGCAGGAGAAAAAUCUCUGGGAGCAGAUCUGCGAGGAAUAUGAAGCUGAGCAGCCUCCCUUUCCAGAAGGGUAUAAAGUAAAACAACAGCCUGUGAUUACUGUUUCUGCUCCAUUGGAGGCAACAGUUUUCCCAGGUUUAAGUCCAGAACACUUUUUUCAAGUUACCCCAAAUUAUGCCAUUGUCCAAGAUGUACCUUGUGUAGCACCUGAAGCUCCAGAAGUUUUUGACCCCAAAACAUGUUCUCCCAGAGAAUAUCUAGAAAAUUUUAUAUUUCCAGUGUUGCUUCCUGGAAUGGCUAACCUACUUCAUCAAGCUAAGAAGGAAAAAUGUUUCGAGCGGAAAAAAACAAAAUUUAUUGCCUGUGAUUUUCUGACUGAGUGGUUAUACAACCAGAAUCCAAAGAGGAUAGACGAGCCAUUCACAGAAUUUUUCUCAAUUCCAUUUGUGGCAGAUUGGCUAAAGAUUCAUCCUAGGCCACCAAUUCCUCUCUCUCUCCUUCUGUCAGAAGAAGAAGCAACCCUCAUCAUCCAGUCAUUCUGGAGAGGCUAUCUGGUUCGUUGUGAACCUGAAAUCCAAGAAUUGCGCCAGUGGCAGAAGCAGUUGAGGGAAGAUAAUCACAUUCGUCAGAGAGUUAAAGAAUUCUGGGCUAAACAAGAAAAAAAAGGGUUUCUUAGCUCUUCUCUCAUCACAGCCCUUCUUGAAUUGGCUUCAUUAUUGCUGAUAGAAAGGCACCAAGACAUGCAGCAAGCAAAAGUGAAAUGCACAUUAGAGGAUGAAGAACAGCCUCCCAAUCUGCAGCCUGAGACAAGCACCAUUAUAGAUGCCCUGAACAAAUAAACGGUAUCUGCCUCUUGCAUUCUCAAGUCUCAGACAUAAAUGUUCUUUGUAUGUUGGGCAACAUUAAGCGUUACUGGUGAACACAUCAAAAACACAGCUUUAUAUGUAGGUAUAGUCGAUUAUGUACAAACUUACUCUCAUUAUUCUCUGGAGCUUUCCCCACAAACUGUGUAUUUCCCUUUUAGUCACUGGUCCAGAUGUUUCCCUCCUGGAGUACAAAACUGCUUUGAAAUGCA